AAAAGAAGAACAAGAAGAACAACGUGAAAAGGAGGCGAGGAUUGAAAUGAAAAUGAUCCUCAAAACUAUUAAACCUAAUGACAAUUUGGAUGAUAAUGAAAUGUUUAAUAGUCCAAAAAAUGUUGAAAUUCGCAGUAGAUUAAUUCCCGAACUUCGAAGGGCGAUGUUUCCGAAUUAUAAACCUUCAGUAGCACAAUUGACUAACUGGUUUAGCGCCCUCUAUAAGUCGUUAAGAUCACAAACACAACUGAAAAAAAGUGGAAAAAGCGACGAGGACAGUCGCAGAGUUCACAACAACAGUCGCGUACAAAAUAAAAAAUUGCGUCGAAUUAAGGCUGCAAAGGAUCUUUAUAGGAAAAGUGAUGAAAGAAUAAUUGGUUAUGAAAAACACCAAUUAUUAAAAAUGUUGGCAAAUCGAUCUUACCACUCGCUGGAAAUCAAUAUUCAAAUGGCAAAAUUACAACGACCUCGCCAGUAUGAUGAUGAAGUUCAACACUUUGACCGAAUACACCCUGAAGAUGCUCCACAAUGGUCAUAUGUCAAGCAAGAGGAUUUUAUAUAUGAUACAGAAAUCGAUAGAAGUGGUUUCGACGAAGAUGAAGACUAUGGUGAAGAAACGGAAGAGGUGUUAAUCGAUAGUCAAAAAAGUGCAGCCAGUGAUGAUUUAGCUGAAUGAAGCUGGACUAUCGAUUACA